ACCGACUAGGGCUUUCAUUUCCCGCCGAUUUGAGAAGAUCCCGCCCAAACCAAAAAGCAAAACAAAAAGCAGAUUCAGAGAAAGAGAAGAGUCAUCGAUUGAUUGAUUCGAAGAAGAUGAGUAUGAGGAAGAAGAUACAGAAGAAAUUCAAAAUCAGAGGCUACAGCCUAAAGAUCGACGCUCUCAACAGCAUACUCGCCUUCGCCGACCAAUUCCCCGGCGACGAUGAAGGAGAAGCGAUCGAUCUCCUCCUCGACCACCUCCAGAUGGAAAAUCUUAAUUCACGAGCAGUGGAUGCGGAAUCAGUUGAAGGAGUGAUUAAACUCUUGUUAGGAGCUAAUGAUGCCGCGGAGGAACCUACCUCCAGUGUUUCUUCCUUGGCUGUCAUCGACGCCUUUCUCGUCCCAAAGCAUCGAUACGAUUCUGUUACGAGGCAGUUCAUCGAGCAUACGAGUAGUUUGUCUGUUCACGGUGAGGCUUCUUCGAAAACAGAAUUAUACAGGGAACGAUUCAAGUUGCUGUUGCAGAGAGUUUCUCGCGAUGAGCUUUUUUCUAGGCCAGCUUUUGAUCCUGAGAUUUCUCAGUUUCACAACUGUGAGAUAUCUCCAAUACAGUCUCUAGUUGUUCAAAUGGGAAAGAAAUGGGUGAUGGGUGUGAUCUCACAGCUGGAAGAUGGACAUUUCUACUUGGAAGACCUUUCUGCUUCUGUUGAGAUUGAUUUGACCAAAGCAAAGAUAACCACCGGGUUUUUCACUGAGAAUACUAUAAUUAUGGCAGAAGGUGAAAUGAAGAAUGGUAUAUUUCAGGUUAUUAACUGCGGAUUUCCUCCUUUAGAAGACAGAAACAAAACUCUCAAGGCACAUUCUGGGUACGACUUCUUCGGAAGUGGCAUACUAACUAAUGAAGAGAAGAAUCGACUUGCAGAGUUAGAAAGGCAAGCAGUAAAUGAAACAUUUGUCAUAUUGUCUGACAUAUGGCUGGAUGACGAAGAGGUUCUCGGGAAGCUAGAAAAGGUUCUUGAUGGUUUUGAAAGUCUGGAGAUUGUGCCUUCCUUGUUUGUUUUCAUGGGAAACUUUUGUUCUCGCCCAUGCAACUUAUCCUCUGGUUCUUAUACAAGCCUUAGGAAGCAGUUUGGUAAACUCGGAAGAAUGAUUGGAAACCAUCCACGACUAAAAGAAAGUAGUCGGUUUUUAUUCAUUCCAGGUCCUGAUGAUGCAGGUCCCUCAUCAGUCUUGCCAAGAUGCGGUUUACCGAACUAUCUAACCGAAGAGCUUCGAGAGGUUAUUCCCAAUGCGAUAUUUUCUAGCAAUCCAUGCAGAGUAAAGUUCUACACCCAGGAGAUUGUGUUUUUCCGGAAAGACCUUCUGUACCAGAUGCGCCGUUCAUGCUUAAUACCCCCUUCUACUGAAGAAACUGAUGACCCAUUUAAGCAUCUUGUCUACACAAUAACUCACCAGAGCCACCUAUGUCCUCUGCCUCUCAUGGUGCAACCUAUCAUUUGGAACUACGAUCACUCUCUUCGACUAUACCCAACUCCUCAUACGAUAGUAUUAGGUGACAUGAGUGAGCAAAAGGUUUCCAAAGAUAGAGGAAUAACAUGUUUCAAUCCAGGCUCCUUUUCAACUAAUAGCACCUUCGUAGCUUAUCGACCUUCCACUCAAGAAGUCGGACUCUCUGAGCUUUAAAAGAUUAUGGAAGAGUGAACCAAAAACAUACUUUCAUGUACUCUUAUAUGCCUCUGUUGUGUUAUUUUAACCAAACUUGGUCAUACUUUAUGGAUAGUUUAAUUUAUCAUCAUCAUAUAUCAA